UUGAAAUCCGGUGAUGCGGGCGGAUGUUCUCGAGCCUCAUCUCCUGCCUUCGGAUACGUCACUUGUCUUGAGCAUGUCCAGACAAGUGAUUUUAUUCUUUUUCACCCUGGAACUUUACUUAUUUGGUCACUAUGCUGAUGCUCUGAGGAUGAUUGAACUUCAAGUGCCAACAUCUAUAGAAAGUGGACUACCAGUCUUAUUAAACUGCACUUAUGAUUUAGAAGGAGAUAUACUUUAUUCUAUAAAAUGGUAUAAAAACAAUUUGGAAUUUUAUAGAUAUAUUGCCAGCGAAAAACCUCCAGGACAAAUUUAUCAAUUAAAGGGAAUACAUCUCAGUGAAAAAUUUCCUCAUGGCAACAGUAUUAAAAUGCACGUGACUGACUUGCAUUCGGAAGGCUCCUACAGAUGUGAAGUAACUGCAGAAGAUCCUUUCUUCCAGACAGUUAUGGAUGAAAAAGAAAUGCGCGUUUAUGUUCUACCGAAUAAAGAUCCAACUAUUGUAGGAUCAAGACCAAGAUAUUCCAUUGCAGAUGAUCUGAAUAUUACUUGCAUCUCCGGUCCUUCUAAACCUCCAUCCUUCCUUCAAUGGUUCGUAAAUGGCAAAGAAGUACCUCAACAAAGCAUUACCAGACUACCUCCAAAGAAGCAAAUAGAUGGUCUUCUCAGCUCACAGCUGGGUCUCAGAUUUGUUGUUGUUCCAAAUCAUCUCAAGAAUGGUGUUCUCACACUCACAUGUAGAGCGUAUAUUUCAAAAGCAAAUAUGACGACCAAGAACGAGAUAACAGCCACGAACAAAGCUAAAAUUUCAGAAAACAGAGCAACAGUUAAUGAAGAUGGACCGUUAAUCACUGGUGGCCGUCUAAGAUAUCAAGAAGGCAACGUUGUAAAUGUGAAUUGUUCUGCUGUUAAAAGCCACCCUCCAGCUGAAUUACGAUGGUAUAUUAACGAUAAAGAAGCUAAUCGAGAUUACUUGCGACCACUUAGCCCUAUCCGUUAUCCAGAUGGUCAAGAAUCUACAUUACUUGGCUUACGUUUCACUGUCCAAGCUAGGCAUUUUCAAAGAGGUGAAAUGAGGUUGAAGUGUGUGGCCACUCACUUCAAAGUGGAAAAUGAGAGAAAAACAGACUUGAUAAUCAGCAGUCGACAAGAGAGCUCUGGGUUGGUAGUCAUUAUUAACAGGAGUGGAGAAAGUGACCUGAAGACAAAUGGGACUUCUCUUUGGCUUGUCCUGCUUCUAACUAUUCUGAUAUGCAUUCGGUAGCAAGAAUUCUCACUGAAGCAUAAUUUAUUUCCUCGCUGCUAUGCAGUGACCGACUCUGUGAUUGGAAUUGCUUGUUCCUCCCCCCUCACCCAAAAAGAUUAAUCGGUAUCUUUCAUUUAAUGAACAGCCCAACAACAACAAGAAUGGUGUAGUCGUCAACCCCAAAUAAAAAUACAGAAGUUAAUUGUUAAAAUUGUAUUGUUGAAUAUAUUCCUGAAUGAUGACUGGUUAUCCCGAAGUUAAGUGUAUAUAUAUAAAUUGGAGUCAUAAUUAUAUACAAGUUAAGUGUAAAUAGUUGUAUGUAAACCUUCUGGAAAAACACUUAAAGCGUCAACUGAACCAUAGAGUCUAUGGGAAACUCAAUAUACUUUUGUGUUACCUCAGCAGCGCAAAAUUAUGAGCAACAUUGUAACGAACUUCUCACAAUAUUGAAUCGAAAAGUUGGACAAAAUCAGUCAAAAGUCUAAUAGUUUUCUGUAUUGAAGGACUUUUUGUAUUGUUUCCAACAGCAUUAAUAUGAAACACAUUAUACCAAUCUCACCAAAGCGUUAAACUAAUUUUGCAAUGGUGUACAACAUCAAUUUAUGGACUUCUAAUAUUUAUAUUGAAAAAGCUUUUGUGUUAUUUCAAACGAAAGAUACUGUGCUAUAAAUAAAGAUACUGUGCUGGCAUAACCAAUGUAAUCAAACAUAUUUGAAACAUCAAUAGGGGUAAUAAACAAUAAUUGCACUUCAUGACCUUUUGGGCUGUUUCCAACAGCUCAAAAAUGAGAAAGAUGCUGUAGCACAAUUAUAAGCAAAGUUUUUAAUUGAAUUCACAAUGAUUUAUAAAAUGCAUCAUUAAAAUGAUGUCAUGCAAUAUCUAUUAUUAAAAGAUAUUAUUUAAACUUUUAUGCUGUUUUCAGCUGCCUAAUAUUUAAAGGAAAUUGUACCAUAACGUUUACAGUUUUCAAUUAAAUUAGUGCUGUUGUACGCCAUUCGUAUGAGGUAGGUCAUAAAAUGUUUUGUGAUUAGUGACCUUUUGUGCUGCACAAAAACUAAUGCUACUAUAUAUCAUAAUAUUUCCAGUAUUCAACAGAAUCCCCAAUGUUGAGAUUAUGUGUAAGAAGUAUUAAACCUCAGAAAGAGGCUAUGUGCUGCUUGAGGUAUUAUGAUUUUUAAAAAAAUUUAAAAAUGACAAACAAAUCAGAUUAAUAUGUUAAUGCUGAAGAGUAAAAUGUUUUUAUAACCCCGAAAAGGAGGUAGCAUAAAGCGGCGCCAAAAGUAAAUGCUGAAGCAUAUUUGAAUUAGUAAUGUAAUAAAUUUAGUACUCAUUAAAUUACUAAAGCGUUGCACGUUUUGUUUUUAUUUUUUUUCCUUCUAAUAAGCCAGGUUUCAUCACGGAUUUUUGUAAAAAAUUGUAUAGAUGUUACCAGUUAUCUAAAAUUUAAAAAAAAAAUAUUUGCCAAAAUAAAAUAAAAAAAUGCUUAGUUCUUGUUUACUUGUUUGUGACUUUAUUACCAUAUAAUGUCUUUGUAAAUAAUACAUACCUCCUAUUUUCCUAACAUAAAUAUAUGCCUGUAUCUUAUGAAUUAAAAUUAUAUGGCACAAAUUGUUACUGAAUUUCGUUUCAGAAAUUGUAAUACAAGCAAAAACAAUAAAAACUAUAUACCUCGGUGA